CUGUAGAGUGGUCACAGAUUAAAAUAAAUCAUAAUUUUCUUUUUCCUGCGUGCUUGGCUGCUUGCUGCUAAAGUGUUUCGUUGAUUAAACAGGCUAAUGUAAGAUUUUUUCUUUAAACAAAGUACACUGUUAACUUAAAUUCAAGGGCAACCACAGCGCAAAAGCAAAAUUGCUUGUCGAUAGGAGCUAUGGAUGAAAAUGACAUGAUCGUAGUUGUUAUCGGUGAUUCGGAUACCGAGGCAUCUGGAGAUUUGCCGCCAACUCAAAUUUCACUCAAAACCGAGCCAGUUGAUGAAACUGAUGUGAUGCAAAUGAUUACCGCGGUCCAAAAACAUGGAAAGCCCAUAAAGCUAGAGUUUAACGAUAAUGACAUGGUGUAUGUAAAAGAGGAGUUUCUUGAAGAAGAAUAUAACAACUUUUCUGAAGAAGAGACAAUCUUGGGCGUUUGUAAUAACUAUAUUGAUGAAAUAGCUGAUACAAAAAUUGGGACUAAAGGUUUUGAAAGUGAUGAAGAUUAUGUGCCUGAAGAAACUUCUGAUGAUGACGAUGAUAAUGAAUAUUCCCUUGUUACCAAGGCAUAUGAAAUCAUUAAAGGUUCCAAUGAUCUUGCAAAUAAUUCUGAGAGUGAAUCAGAAUUAAAAAUGCCUAAAAGGAGGAAGCAGGGUUCCUGGGCACAUCAGAAGUCUUUUGUACAAAAUUUGAAACAAGAGUAUCCUGAAAUGGAGAGUGACCAAAAAGGCAUUCAUCAUGAAUCAGUUUCUGAUGAUCUUGCAAAUGAUUCUGAGAGUAAAUCAAAAUUAAAAACACCUAGGAGGAGGAAACCGGUUUCCCGAUCACGUCAGUCCAUUCAUAAUAAAUCAUUGUAUACUGAUUCUCAGAGCGAAUCAGAAUCGGAAAUGCCUAGGAGGAAACAUGUUUCACCAUCACGUCGGAAGUCUUUUGUAGAAGAGUUGAAACAAGAGUAUCCUGAGUUACACAAUGAUGAAAAAGCCCUUGUUAGUGUACUCGCAGAAAUAAUGAGAAAUGUUGAGAAGCCUCCAUUGCCUAAGAUUUAUUAUACUAUGGUCCAUGAUAAAUUUCAGUGUACAAUAUGCCAGGCGCUGACUGACACUGAGCCGGCUGCAGGUCGCCAUUAUCGGGAGUACCACGGCCCAAGAUACCUUGUUUGUUACGCUUGUGGUGUAGAUUUUAGAAGUAAUACGAACCUGUUAAAACACGAGAAGCGUUGUGUAGCACCCGAUGCCACUACGGUGCUCAAAGCUCGCGCGCUGUCGCUGGGCCGUAAGGGGCGCAGUAGACCCUUCAUGCCGAAGCCGCAGGAAAUUGUGUUGCGACCACCUAUCCGUAGGAAAACUACUGUAACACAUAAAUUCAAAUGCAACGAGUGCCCAGCGGCUUUCUCAAACGGAGUAAGCUUGGAAGCGCACCUGAAUCUGCACAAAGGUCUCCGGCCUUACCGUUGCGAGGUGUGCAACAAUGCAUACACUUCGGUUCACAGGCUUAAGCGUCACCAGAAGAUACAUUCGGAAGAAUCGUACGUAUGUGACCACUGCGGUCGCAUAUUCAAGGUGAAGGCAGCCCUUCGUGUGCACUUGGACACACAUCUGCCGGUGCCUAAGUUCGGUUGCGAGGAAUGCCCGCGGCGGUACGCCACCAAGGCGGCGCUCAAGCACCACGUGCGGCGCGUGCACCUGCAGCUGCCCCCGCCCUGCGCCUGCCCCAUCUGCCCCAAGAGUUAUCCUCGUAUGUCGUUAGUAAAGGACCAUAUGAAACAGGCCCAUGGAAUGUCCUUGAUGACACGCAGAAUGUUCCUCAAAGCGUUGCCCAAAAUGACGGAUGAGCAGUUGCAACAAGCGAAGGAAAUUCUGAAAUCGAAUGUGUUUUUCCUCAAUGAGGGUGCUGAUAAUACAAACCAAAAUGAAGCUGCUGAAAAUACAAACCAGAAUGAAGCUGCUGAAAAUACAAACCAGUAUGAAUGAGCCUGCUGAAAAUAC